CAAAACCUUGUUGAUGAAGUCGACAGGAAUGGCUGCAGUUAAAUUUCACCAGGAUAUCUUUCAGGAUCGCUCUGACACAAAUAUGCCUGGAUUUACUCAUGAAAGCUUGAAGAAAUAUGAGCCACCAGAAUGGGCCAAAGGAUUAAAAAAUGUUCCGAAUUAUGUUGUUGAGCUCGCAAUUCACAAUACUCCAAUUCAUAAAUGGAAUUUAUCAGAUGUUCCCAAUGGGUUUAGUGUUGGAAUCAAGCGAGAUGAUAUGACUGGAGGCAAUCUCUCUGGAAACAAGGUGCGAAAAUUAGAAUUUCUUCUUGCUGCAGCCAUAGAACAAAAUUGUGAUACUGUGUUCACACUGGGUAGUACGUACUCCAAUCACUGCCGAUCUACAGCCAUCUCUGCCAGGCAGCUUGGUUUGGAAUGCUAUCUWUUCAUGCGUCAAAGAGAACAGGGUACUGAUAUUGGUUGCCUUGGUAACUUGUUGUUCAAUCGGUUGAUGGGCAGUCACAUGAUCUUGACUGAGUAUUUGCCAUAUGAUGUUGCUAUCUAUCCAAAAAUGGAACAAUUAAAAGAGAAAUUAGAAAAAGAAAAGGGUUCUAAAAUCUAUGUGAUUCCAGCUGGUGGGUCAUCCUUCACCGGAAUGUUUGCGUAUCUUCAGUGUUUUGCAGAGCUCGUUGACCAGAAAGUUUUGGAGCAUUACACUGAUAUAGUCGUGACAGUUGGGAGUGGUGGAACUGCAUCRGGUCUUGCUAUUGGAAACUAUCUGACUGGCUCUAAACUCAAAGUCCAUGCAGUCAAUAUCAGAAAUAAUGCUGAAAACCUCCAUAGUCAUAUCCAAGAAGAUCUGGAUCAUGCAGGCUUGRAUAAUGUCAAAGCGUCAGACAUCAUAGAUAUCAUGGAGGGUCACAAGGGGGAAGGAUAUGGCCUCUCUACACCAGAGGAACUKGAACAAGUUAUCCAAGUAGCAUGCGAGACUGGUAUAACCUUAGAUCCCGUUUAUACCUUAAAAUCAGUACGUGGUAUGCUUGCUGAGAUGAGAAAUAACCCUUCUAGAUUCAAAGGCAAGAARGUUCUUUAUAUACACACAGGAGGAAUGUUUGGACUGUUUGAGGGACGCAUGAACACAGUACUGGAGAGUAAUAAGGUCACAAACCGUGUCAGAUACUGGGCAAAUGGAGAAGAAUGUCCUGAGUUUUAGAUAUUGUGCAUGUUAUUUAUUGUCAACUGCUUCUGACUGUCUUACAAUAAACGCAGUUGGUAAAAUAUCUAGUAAGACUUCACCAUUCUAAAAGGCUGCUUUUUGAUUGCCCCAUAGUAAUUAAAGCAGUGUAGUUUUAUUCAGACCUURAAAUCAUUAGUAGCACUAAUAGGGGCUAGUAGAUCUUAUUUCCUUCGUUUCCCGAGUUUUAAUCUAAUAGCGAUAACUAGCUCGAUGGUAAAACUCUUCCACUAGAAAAUGUUUCACGCUCUGAGAAAAACCACUCUACAUCUUGUGAAAAAAUCAGGAAACAAAACGGAUGCGAGGGAGACUAUGGAGAACAGUACCCUGAAUUAUUUCGCCAGAAAUAAAAACUGUAUUCAAUAUUUGUAGAAUAGCAG